AUUCCUUAUGUCCAUCCUAAUGUUCGGGGGACACUGUGUGGGCUCGUGGAAAAUGUUUCCCAGUGCAGAAAAUGUUUCGUCUGCUCUUCAGUUUUACUAUCUGAUUUGAUUUUUUGAUUUAACGGUAGCUGUGUAACUACCUGACAAUAACGGAGUUAGGAUAAAUAUUUAGGGUCGUAAAGGUCCUUCAGUGCAUGAUGGCAGGAUUCGUCAUGCAUUGAUUUUUUGGUCGACGGCGCUAAAGUGGUGAAAGAUGCCCAGGGUGCACUAAUGGAUUAGGAGCGUCUCGCCCUCACUAUAUCAGUGUCCUGCCAUUGGCUAAUGUGUAUUUAUUUUUUAUGGGCCGAGUCCAACUAUGAGCAGGUUUACCCAGGCUGUGUGCAGCCCCAGUGAACUAUCAUGCUGGCCUGUAUCCAGAGACGGCAGAACCUCUCGUCGCAGCGUCUGGCGUGCACACCCAAAAGCCUUGAUGUUCAACCACCGCCCUUACUGCUGUCAGUACCACCACUGCAGCCGCACACCCACAAAGGUGAGCCAGCCUCCAUGAUUUCUCGGUACCCCUCUCCUGCAGAGUUGGAUGCUUUUGCCCAGAAGACCGCCAACAGCCCUCUGUCCAUCAAAAUCUUUCCAUCUGACGUCCGGGUGCCACAACAUAAACAGCUUAACAAAACAGUCAACGGCUUAGACACCACAGGCCAACGCUAUAGCCCCUAUUCACACCCAUACUCAGGAGGCUACCAGGGUUUGCUGGCCAUCCUCAAAGCCUCUGUGGUGGUCAAAGGUGUGGUGAAAAACUCUGAGGGCAAGAGGACUAAACAUGCAAACACCAAGACUUCUGUGGCACCAUAUAAUAAUCCUCUGAAUAAUGGUUACACAGCCAGACACGGGCAUAAGGCCUAUCAUAUAAGCUCAUGUAAGCCUCCUGAUGUUCCCAUUGAGACACUUUGUUCUAGCACAGGGAUGGCCUCCGGAGAUCAGAGGCUGGCCCCCCAGUCUGAGCUGGCAGAGGUUCAAAGCCUGAUGAGGCAGAUGAGCAGAGUUUCCCACAGCCAGGCCCUGCAGCUGGGGGGAGAGGCUCGAGCCAGCCCCUCUCUGCAGGCUGUGGCUGCGGUUGCACAUUCAGACUCAGACUUUGUCUUAGGAGUGCCGCCCCAGAGCAGCCUGGCGUUCACUGGGGCAGUGAUACCUACACAGAGUGCAGACAUAGCCAAAGCCGGGUACUUAGAGAAAGGAGACUACGCAGUGUGGCAGCAUAAACAUCAAAUACAGCAGCAGCCCUAUCAGCAGGGAGCAGUGAGGAUGUACAGUGUGAGUAACAGUGCUCAGAGGCACAGAGCAGCAGAGGCUGGCCAGCCUCCUGAAACCUGCCUCCCUUUGGCGUGCUCCUCUCAGCUGUCAUAUAGGCCACAUCCUGCCAGUGUGGGCGCUGGGCGGGAGCGAGUCAGCGGCUCCUCUCUGAACUGUGCCGGCAUGCAGGAAGAGUUUUCUGUUGGACAGUACUUCGCCCCUCUCUGGGAUAGUGUUGUGGCCACCCCUAAUAGCGACUGUUAUACUUCUCAGGUGCUGGCAACAGGUACAUGCGCAGCCCGGCCUAGAGACCUGGGGCUCUCCCAUCCCCAUCUCCACCCAAACCGCCAUCAACACCACCACCCGCAGCUGCGUCCUCCUUUUCCUCUUCAUACCCAGGCCUACAGCACAGACCAAAACCUCUGUUGUGUGCUGCCUAGUUCUAGCCUGUGCCACGCCGCAGUACUUAGCAGCAGCCUGCAGUCUCUGGAAUGCCUCAUCAGUGAGAUCCACCCUCCCUGCAUCAAAGAGCGCAUGCUGGGCCGUGGGUACGAAGCCAUGGGGAUGCCUCAGCUACUGGAGCACCACCAGCAAACCCACAUCCAGCUUCCCGUCUACAGAUAAGACGGGGUGAUGCUACACAACGGGACGCAGAAGUGACAAACCUUUUAUAGAUGAAGGAAGUGUGACAGUUUAGACAUCUAUGACAAUGAGACAUGCCUUUUUGGUUUGUGCAUGUACUGUAUUUGUAGAAGGCUUUGUGUUAUAAGCCAGAAGAGGUAAAUGAUAAUCAUGGCUUAAGAUACAGGUUUAUCUUAUGGACUUUUCAUGUUUUAUUUUUAUAUCUUAAAAUGCCAACAAAUAUGCUUGCUGUUCCUCAUUUAAUACUGAUGCUGAGCACCUAAUCAGAAUUUCCCCUUAUAUUUGAACAUGAACUGUGUAAUUGCCGGUAUAUCCUCUCUAGGCCUUUACAAAUAUGGAAACUUACUGAACUGAUAAAAUCAUUGGUACCCUUAUAAAACAUUUACUUGAAGGAUGGCUGGUAACAGUUUUUGUGAAUACAUUGUAUAUUCUUACAUAAAAUGGCUUCUUAUUUGGGAGGGAACACCUCUUAAUUGUUAACUGAACUUUUGGUUGUCUGCUGCUUUGCUGUGGAUUUAGUUUUGUCCACUUUUUGUUGACAUACGCAGUGCCCCAGCUUCUGCAAUGUGAUGCAAAUUUCCUGGCCACUGUAUGGGGAAACAUUUUGAUCACUUGCGUACAAAUGUGAUUUUUUUUUCUUGUUGUUGUUAUGCAGUUAUUUAAAGUUAUGAGAUUUAAAAUCUUAAUCGAUUUAAUGUAGUCACGCUCAGCACAAUGUAAUAGGACUGUUGCAUAUCCAAAUCAACACUGUGGCAAAUCAAGCCAGACCAAGCAAGAUGUGCCCUUUGGUUGUAUUUUUAACAUUUUAAGAGGUUGUGUGGACAUUUCUUCAAUUAAAUUUUUUUUUUUUUUUUAUGGAAGGUUGUGACACACAACACCUGCGUAUAAUGGAGUGCCACAUUAGCAAGCAGGCCACCUGAAUCAUUUACAAUAUCUUCUUUGUAGGGCUAUAUUAUAUCUGAUGGUGUGAGAUGUAUGACUGAGUAGUUCUUUGUGUGUCUGCACUGGUUCUGUAAUACUAUUUAUUUAUGUCAGCCUGUUGAGUUAUAUGGCAAACCGUCUCUAUAAUUAUAAAGUGCAAUUAUUAUAUAUGAACAUGUGAGCGCUCUCCAUGAAGUAUGUUGUUGAAAUAACUACAUUUUGCAAUGUAUGACCCUAAUCCCUCACCCUUUUUUGCCUCUUCUUAAUAAGGAUUGUCAAGUAAAUUAAAUUUUCUAAACCCAGCAAAUAGUUUGUGUUAUUACGUAUCAUCAGUAUCUGCCCGACAUGCAGCUGAGAAGACGGCAUUAUGUUCAUGAAUGAUGAACUUGUGGAAAGAUGAGACAUUUUUCUGGUGUUACUGCAAAGGGAUUUAAGGCUUAACCAUCGGGCAUGUCUUUCUUUUUUUUUUUCAUUCAUAGAUCUCCUUUUAUUAAGAUCUAUCUUUUCACUGGAGGUUUAUGUGAUGCAAGUCAAUCCUUUACUGAAAUAUAUUACACUGGUUCCUCUAUAAAUGACGCAGGUUGAAAUUAAUAAUUUAGUUAUCAUAGUGAAUUAUGUGAGUCUAAAUGGAUGGCCAACGCUUGAGGCAGAAGCCACUGAAUACUUCUAAAUACAUAUAUGUAAAUAAUAUACAGGCCUUCUUAUAUAUUACAUUUGUACAUGAAAAAUACAUGUUUUGUUUAAGGGAAAUCUACAAGAAUAUUACUGUUCACAUUAAAUAGAAAUGGGCUUGCUGUU